AUCGCGAGGACAACUGUUCUCUGGCGCGUGCAUCGGUGCCGGACUUUCUCUUGGACGACGAAUCGUAGAAUGGCGUAAGAGAACUCGUCGGGUCUCGUAACCGUCCAGAACUCGCGUGAAAUUCGAACGAGCAAAACGAGGACGCGACGUCGAUAAAAAGGGAAGAGGGGUCUGAAAACGCGGGCCGCGUCGGCUCCCGGAGAAAUUCGAACGACAGUGAUCGGUGGUGUUUCGAGGAAGGCGACGGGGCGACGGACCGACGGCCGGCCGAACGGAGAGACGAAGAGGGGCAAAUAGGGCAAAGGAACGAGGCACUGCGAGGAUGGCCAACUCGGUGGAAGAACACGACUACGGCUGUUCCUUGUCGGAAUCGACGAAACUGAUCGCUCGGGAAGAGCUGCGGGAGGACGACGCGAUCAAGAAACAGGCGUUGGAUCAGUUUAGACAGUGGAUCGGCAAGCAUCCGAAUAUAAAACGGUGCAGAACCGAUGCACCUUUCCUCCUGAGAUUUCUCCGAACGAAGAAAUUCAGUUUGCCGCUGGCGCAAGAAAUGCUCGAACGAUAUCUGACCAUUAGGCAAGUGUACCCGAACUGGUUCCAGAAUCUGGACAUCGAAGACCCGGAUAUCGAAGCUAUCGUGGACGCCGGCUAUUUGAUACCGUUGCCUCGGCGAGAUCGCCACGGUCGACGCGUGAUACUCUCUUGCGCAGGCCGUUUCGAUCCGUACAGAUACACUUCCGCGCAAAUGGCUCGGGCCCACAGUCUCGUGGUGGAGGCUCUAAUGGACGACGAGGAGAAUCAGAUUCGCGGAUACACGCACGUCAACGACGAAUCCGGACUGACGAUGGGUCAUUUGAGCGCCUGGUCUCUCACCGAUAUACGUAACAUGUUGCGAUGCAUUCAGAACAGUACGCCCAUGAGGCACAAGGAAACGCAUUUCGUCAAUAUUCCAAGUUGCGCGAACAAAAUCAUCGAAUUUGCUAUCUCGCUGCUAAACGACAAGCUGAAAGCCCGGAUCUCGGUGCACAAAUGCCUCGAAGAAUUAAAGGAUGCGAUCGAUCCAACGAUUUUACCAAAAGAAUACGGCGGAGAAGUUCCGCUCUCCGAAAUGAUCGCCGAGUUCAAGAAGAACUUGAGAGCCCAAAGAGACGGAAUAAAGGCGCUCGACGACAUGUACAUAGAAAUAUCCUCGGACGAUUGUCGGUUUUCCUCCAACGACGAUUUGAGCGGCAUCCCUGGAUCGUUUCGAAAAUUGGAAGUCGACUGA